CAAAAACCCAGACGGCUGAAGCACGAGCGUCUUUCCUUCUGCCAAUAAUCGCAUAUAUUGGAAUAUUGGGAUAUUCCAGUUUUUUGGGGGUGAAACUGGACCACUUGCCCGCUCUUUGAUACAACAUGGCGGCCGCUGUUUGUUCAGCUUCAGCUUCUAAUUCGUGAAACAUUAAAAUAUAAGCAGGUGGACUCCCCCUCCCCAGAUGUGGCCUCCACCUCUGCUGAGGCUUCUGUUCAUGAGCGGCCAGGCCACUGUAAUUGGUCGGCCGUGGCGUAGCCCGGAGGGUCAUGGAUCCCCUUGUUAGAUCCACUACUCAGGCCUCAAAGCCACGCUUGUGUUUUUCUACCCGGAGCCGUGUGAGUUGUAGUUGUUGUUGUUGACCGUUCCCUUAAAGCCGUACACACGCGUGAGGAUGAGCUCCGAGGGCUUCCAGUACCGAGCGCUAUACGACUACAAGAAGGAGCGCGAGGAGGACAUCGACCUGCGCGUGGGUGACAUGCUGCUGGUCAGCAGGGGGGCGCUGCUGGCGCUGGGCUGCGGGGGCGGAGCCGAGGAGCGCCCUUCGGAGAUCGGCUGGCUGCCCGGCAUCAACGAGACCACGCAGGAGAAGGGUGACUUCCCCGGGACCUACGUGGAGUUCAUUGGCCGGAAGAGGAUGUCCCCGCCCACGCCCAAGCCCCGCCCCCAAAGGCCGCCGUCCGCUGCGUCAUUGAGGACGGACUCGGAGUCAGAGGGGUUCUCGCUGCCGGACCUCCCCGAGCAGUUUGGACCUCCGGACUCGGCCCCGCCCCUCCUCAUUAGACUGAUGGAGGCCGUGGAGACCAAAGGUCAGGAUGGACUCUCUGUUUAUCGUAGUCUGAGCGGAGGAGGAAUGGACACCAGACAGCUGGCUGACGCUGACCUGGAGCAGCUGGAGGUGUCGUCCCUGUGUGAUGGGGUGAUCCGGUUCCUGCAGGAUCUUCCCGGUCCCGUCCUCCCGUCCUCGCUGCAGACCGACAUGAUUCACGCUGUCCAAGAGGUGCGUGACCAAGAGGAGUGCGCCCAGCUGCUGAGGGGCGUGGCCAGCUCUCCGGCCUGCGCGGCCCAGUACGGCCUGACCCUGCUCAGCGUGGUCCGGCACCUGGCCCGGCUCUGCCUGCUUGGGACCCAGAUGAGCCCCCGAAGCCUGGCGGAGAGCUUCAGCCUGCUGCUGUUCAGACCGGCUGCAGGGUCCGAGUCCAGUCCGGAUCUUCUGGUUCAGGUCCUGGAGGUUCUGAUAUCCAGCGAGCUCAACAUUAACCAGGCUGCACCAGCGCUGCCCCCUAAACCGGUCAAGUCUCCGGCUCCAGCAGCUUCCUGCAGCUUCAACAACAGCAUCUCUCUGCAGGACGCCGAGUGGUACUGGGGAGACAUCUCCAGAGAGGAGGUGAAUGAGAAGCUCAGGGACACGGCUGACGGGACGUUUCUGGUUCGAGACGCUUCCACCAAGAUGCACGGAGAUUACACUCUGACUCUGAGGAAAGGGGGCAACAACAAACUCAUAAAGAUCUUCCAUCGGGAGGGAAAGUACGGCUUCUCCGACCCGCUGACCUUCAGCUCCGUAGUGGAGCUGAUCAACCAUUACCGACACGAGUCCCUGGCCCAGUACAACCCCAAGCUGGACGUCAAGCUGCUGUUCCCAGUCUCCAAACACCAGCAGGACCAGGUGGUGAAGGAGGAUAGUAUCGAGGCUGUGGGCAAGAAGCUGCACGAGUAUCACCUGCAGUACCAGGAGAAGAAUCGAGAGUACGACAGACUGUAUGAGGAGUACACCAGAACCUCUCAGGAGAUCCAGAUGAAGAGGACGGCCAUCGAGGCGUUCAACGAGACCAUAAAGAUCUUCGAGGAGCAGUGUCAGACUCAGGAGCGCGUCAGCAAAGAGUACAUCGAGAAGUUCCGCCGGGAGGGCAACGACAAGGAGAUCCAGAGGAUCAUGGAGAACUACGACAAGCUGAAGUCUCGAAUCAGUGAGAUCGUGGACAGCAAGCGCCACCUAGAGGUCGACCUGAAGAAGCAGGCGGCUGACUACCGGGAGAUCGACAAGAAGAUGAACAGCAUCAAGCCAGACCUGAUCCAGCUGCGCAAGACCCGGGACCAGUACCUCAUGUGGUUGACUCAGAAGGGUGUCCGCCAGAGGAAGCUGAACGAGUGGCUCGGCCUGAAGAACGAAACCACGGAGGAUGAGUACAGCAUGGUGGAGGAUGAGGAGGACCUUCCUCACCACGACGAGCGUUUGUGGCGUUUGGGGAACAUCAACCGGAUUCAGGCCGAGACGCUGCUCCGCGGGAAGAGAGACGGGACCUUCUUGGUCCGGGACAGCAGCAAGCCGGGCUGCUACGCCUGCUCCGUGGUGGUGGACGGCGAGGUGAAGCAUUGCGUCAUCAACAAGACGGCCACCGGCUUCGGCUUCGCGGAGCCCUACAACCUGUACGGCUCCCUGAAGGAGCUGGUGCUCCACUACCAGCACACGUCGCUGGUGCAGCACAACGACUCGCUCAACGUCACGCUGGCCUUCCCCGUCUACAGCCAGCAGCGGCGGUGACCCCGAGGCUGCGACCACCCCGACCACCAGUGUUUUAUUGUGAAAGUCUUCACUUCCUGCAUGUAAAAAGAGACACGUUAACGAGACCCACAUGACGUCAGAAUCACACGAGAGGCAUUCAGGGACUCGGUGAGAAAAAUUAGGAAAGUAAAGCUCAGUUCACAAAACCUUUUUAUUCUUUGACACCCGAGUUGAAAAGUUGUCAGUAAUGAUCACUAUGACAACAUGAUGUUUGUUUACAAACAAGAUUCUGUAGGGAUCACAUGACAAUAGAGGAGGUUUGUUUACGCGAAGGGGUGGAACGUUUUAGACAGACAUUUGUCUUCAUCUUUUCCCCAUUUUUAAAAAAUUUUUAUUCUCCUCUUCCUUCCAUCUUCCUCCUCUUCCCCCUCCAUCUCCUCCUCUAGUGGAGAAGAUAAUCCAGCUCAGAGGUCUAGAUUUUAAUAUUUAAUCAUUUUUGGGUCUGACGUUUUUAAAGCGAUAAAUGAACUAAAACGUUAUAUUUUGAUACAAGGAUUUACAUACGCUUUGUAUCCUGAACACCUGUGGUGCGUUCACAUUCACCUGUGAUGCGUUCAGGUUCACCUGUGGUGCGUUCAGGUUCACAUGUGUCACCUGUGGUGCGUUCAAGUUCACCUGUCAUGUUCAGGUUCACCUGUGGUGCAGUCAGGUUCACGUGGGGGUCAGGUCAUGGGACUGGACUUCUCCUUUAAUCCAAAGGAGCAGAACCACAAUGACGGACUGACGGUGAUGGUGGUGAUGAUGACGAUGAUUAAGACAAUCAGAGGCUCCUCCUCCUCUUAAACACUGACUGAACGAGGUUUGAAAUGAGGACGAACCGAUUCACAUUUCAUAAAUCAGGAGAACCUCAUCAUCCAAAGGCAAAUCCCCCCCCCCCCCCCCACACACACACCCUUGCCUCCCUCUCCUGACCCCUCCUCCUCCUGAUGAACCCCGUCACUGUUUUUUAGGUCCAGUUAUUCCAGGCUUUGUUGUGGUUUUGUUUACAUUUUGCAGGAUGGAUGAUUCUUCACUUUUUUUUUUUUUUACUAACUGCCUGUCAGCACAAAGAUUCACGAGACCAGGAUCUACUUCUGGAUCAGGAUCUAGCUCUGGAUUCACUCUAAAGGGCUCGUCGGCUCCAGUUGCCUGUAAACUUUACCGAUGUGAAAACAUCUGAUGCGCCAUCUUCAUUUUUCUGGACUUUUUGUGUGCUCCCUGACUCCCUCUAGACCCGGGUCAGGGGUCCUAGACUCUAAAAGGGUCCCGUGGAUUUCAAAGUGAUUUUAUCUCAAAUUGUUUGUAAAUAGUUUUUGUUUUUAAUUCAUCAAAAACACGUUUUAGUUUUUCAUUGAAACCAAGUUAAAAUAAAAGAGGUUUCUUUCUUUCUGUUAAGAAAUGAA